AUGACCGCUGCCAUCAGCGAGGCAGAUUUCAUGGCUCCAACCCUACCUGAAGACGAUGGGGAGCAGGAAGAUGGAGUAGAGAAGGAGGAACAUGUGGCGCAGGAUUUCUCAAAGAUGUCACGAGAAGACAAGUUGGCACUGCUAGAGAAGGAUUCCCCAGAGCUAUUCGAUCUUCUGGAGGACUUUGACUUCAACAUGUCAGAGACAGUGGAACUGCUCCGAUUCCAGUCCAGAGUGGCCAAAGACUCGCCUACCUUUACUGACGAGGCAAGUUCAUCCAUCUAGCACUUGCUCCAGAAAUUCGGGUAUUGUUUUUUUUCUUUGCAGGGAAGAGAAUAUUUGGACUGCAAGCUGCAUCUCGAUCUUUUGUAUUGCAUGAACAUAAUGUUCUACCUCUACCUGAAAGCGUCGGGUCUGCCUGUCAAAUCUCACCCAGUCAUCCAGCGCAUAGUUCAAAUUAAAAAGAUCGAGGCUCUUUUAUCCUCUCUGAAUUCUGAAACACCAGAGGAAAAUCCAGCUAUGGACCAAUAUUCAGCCGUGGAAGAUGGUGUUAGUAAAAGUCAAGAAAGAGAAAACAAGGAGUGAGAGAAACGGAAAUUGAAACCGAGAUCAAAUCCGUGAAGAAGAAAAGUGGCAAAAUUUCUGGGGCGAGUGUCCCAGUCUGGUUUAGUUGAAGAGGAUCCACUAGAUUACUAUGACAGGGUUUUGGAAGAGAAGAAGAGAAAGAGAGAGCAGAGAAUGGAGAGAAGAAGAAAGGAAGAGGCGGAGGGAGAGAAGGAAGCUGACCUUGAUGAGGGAGAAGAUGGAAAAAGAGCCGUCACUUACCAGGUUUAACAGGUUUAAUAGUCACACUCUCAGGGAUUUUUUGCUUUUUUCUCUUUGACUUAAGGAUUUUAUCUUGUUGAUGGGAUUUUUCUCUUGUUGACUUAACUUUUGUUGUCCAGAUUUCUCGCAAUAGAGGGCUGAUUCCACAGAGGAAGAAAGAGCUGAGAAAUCCUCGAGUGAAGCAUAGGAACAAGUUCAGAAAGGCCUUGAUCAAGCAUAAGGGCCAGGUGCGUGAGGUAAUGAAGGAGCUCCAUCGCUACGGAGGUGAAUCCUCUGGCAUCAGAGCCAACGUCUCACACAGCAUCAAAAUCAAAUGAACCAACUUUACUCAUGUCAUAAAACACUUUCAU